GCGCGAACCAAACAGCUCUUUUUCUACUCUGCGUUACAGAAAUAUUUGAAUUACGUCCAUUUUUCUCAGGAAACAAAAAGGAAAAGUCAAUUCUUAUUAAAAAAAUAAUACUAAUAAUAUCAUCAUUCACCGAUUUUACCAUCUGUAAACGAAGCUUACGAGGUUAUGGAUGUUUCAUUCUUUUAACUCCCACGAAGAGACAUUCAACAGACAUUGGCCACACCGAACAAACAACAAAAAUAUCCAAUGCAUAUUUCCUAUAUUAACAACUUUCAUUUAAUUCCUACUCAACUUUCUUUUGAAAAAAAGAUCAUACUUUCAUUCUUUUAAUUUCUUUCUAAUUUUAUUUUUGUUUUAUUUUUUGUUUUUGUUUUGAAUUGCUUUCAUGGAAAACUUCAAGUAUCCAUCUUCACCACCAUCCAAGAGAAUGAGGGGAGCAGAAACAAUAGAUUCAGAAGGUCCGUACAGGCUGCUAUACUGUUCAAGUAAGGGAGACACAGAUGGGGUAGUGCAGGAAUUAGAGAAAGGUGUGGAGCCUAAUCUGGCUGAUUAUGAUAAAAGAACUGCUCUCCAUCUGGCAUCGUGUGAAGGUUGUACGGAGGUUGUUGUUCUACUUCUAGAGAAAGGUGCAGAUGUCAAUUCCAUUGAUCGUUGGGGGCGAACUCCACUGUCAGAUGCUCGUAGCUUUGGUCAUGAAAGCAUCUGCAAGAUAUUGGAGGCUAAUGGUGGAAUUGAUCCGGUGGGGCUUGACUCCCAGAUUCCAUGCUAUACUAUUGAUUAUUCUGAGGUGAACAUGAAUGACGCAAUACUUAUUGGAGAGGGGUCAUAUGGUGAAAUAUAUUUGGUGAAAUGGAGAGGUACAGAAGUUGCUGCAAAGACGAUUCGCUCCUCUAUUGCAUCAAAUCAAAGGGUCAAGAAUUCCUUUAUGAAAGAACUUGCUUUGUGGCAAAAGUUGCGCCACCCCAAUAUAGUUCAGUUCCUUGGUGUUCUAAACAAUUGUAACCGAUUGAUCUUCCUUACCGAGUAUCUUUGCAAUGGAAGUUUGCAUGACAUAUUAAGAAAGAAAGGAAGACUUGAUCCUCAAACUGCAGUUGCUUAUGCUCUUGAUAUUGCCAGAGGUAUGAAUUAUCUCCAUCAGCAUAAAUCACAUGCUAUAAUUCACAGAGAUUUGACCCCAAGGAAUGUGUUACAAGAUGCAGCUGGCCGACUCAAGGUUACUGAUUUUGGAUUGAGCAAAAUUGCACAGGAAAAAGAUGUUUUAGGUUAUAAAAUGACUGGAACAACUGGUUCCUUUCGAUACAUGGCACCGGAGGUAUAUCGUCGUGAAUCUUAUGGGAAAAGUGUUGAUGUCUUCUCCUUUGCUCUAAUCGUACACGAGAUGUUUCAAGGAGGACCAUCAAAUCUGGCAGAUGAUCCAGAACAAGUAGCAGAUAAACGAGCAUAUGAAGAUUCCAGACCGCCUCUCUCCUCUUAUGUAUACCCUGAACCAAUUAGGAUACUUCUUCAAAAAUGCUGGCACAAGAAUCCAGAUUUCAGACCUACAUUUGAAGAUAUAAUUUUAGAGCUUGAGUCUAUUCAAGACAAGUUUCAGACUACCGAACCAAUGCCUUCACGUUGCAGGUGUUCCAUCCUAUGAAAUAUAUAGAUUGUAGGAGAUACAUACACAAUUUCUUUAUAACUUCUUUUUGUUUUUUCUUGGUGGAAAAAUUUCCAAAGGUAUGUAUUAGAGAAAAAUAUAAAUGAAAUGGAAAUAUACCUUCCAUUA